GAAAAGCUGGAAAUGUCCUGUCCCUGUUGCAUCUUGGUUGGGUACCUGUUCCUAGUCCUGCUCUUGCAUGGGCUGGGAGAAGGUUCUGCACUUCACGACAGCAGGACUUCUCAAAUAUUAGAAAAGAACGCAUGGCGAACUUUCAAGGAAUCACAGUGCCAUCAUAUGCUGAAACAUCUUCACAAUGGUGCUCGGAUUACUGUACAGAUGCCACCCAUAAUUGAGGGACAUUGGGUCUCGACUGGUUGUGAAGUUAGAGCAGGUCCAGAAUUCAUCACAAGAUCCUACAGAUUCUACCAUAACAAUACAUUUAAAGCUUAUCAGUUUUACUAUGGAAGCAAUCGGUGUACCACCCCAAUCUAUACCUUAGUUAUCCGUGGUAAAGUCCGCCUUCGCCAAGCAUCCUGGAUUAUCCGAGGAGGGACCGAAGCGGAUUAUCAAUUGCAUAACAUUCAGAUCAUCUGCCACAAUGAGGCAGUAGCUGAUAAAUUAAAUCAGUUGGUGAACCGUACCUGUCCUGGAUUUGUAGCAGAAGCUAAACCUUGGGAGCAGAAUGUGAGCUAUGAUUUAUGGAGAGAAGAGAAUGGCUACGAGUGCACAAAGGCACUGAAUUUUGCUAUGCAUGAACUUCAACUGAUUCGAGUAGAGAAACAAUACUUGCACCAUAAUUUAGAUCACUUAGUAGAAGAACUGUUUCUUGGAGAUAUCCACACAGAUCCUGCUCAAAGGAUGUAUUAUCGCCCAUCCAGUUAUCAAUCUCCACUCCAAAAUGCCAAGAACCACGACCAUUCGUGCAUAGCUUGUAGGAUCAUUUAUCGAUCAGAUGAACACCAUCCUCCAAUUUUGCCUCCAAAGGCUGAUUUGACUAUUGGAUUACAUGGGGAAUGGGUGAGCCAGCGCUGUGAAGUACGUCCUGAAGUGCUCUUUCUUACUAGACACUUCGUUUUCCACGACAACAAUAACACCUGGGAAGGUCACUACUAUCAUUACUCUGAUCCAAUCUGCAAGCAUCCAACCUUCACUAUUUAUGCAAAAGGCCGUUAUAGCAGGGGUGUACAUUCAUCCAAAGUGAUGGGAGGGACAGAAUUUGUCUUUAAAGUGAAUCAUAUGAAAGUUACCCCCAUGGAUAUAGCUACAGCCUCUCUACUGAAUGUUUUCAAUGGAAAUGAGUGUGGAGCAGAAGGAUCCUGGCAAGUUGGGGUGCAGCAAGAUGUGACUCAUACAAAUGGAUGUAUUGCUUUGGGAAUCCGUCUGCCUCAUACAGAAUAUGAGAUCUUCAAAAUGGAGCAGGAUACCCGGGGGAAAUACUUGCUAUAUAAUGGCCAAAGGCCUAGUGAUGGAUCCAGCCCAGACAGACCAGAAAAAAGAGCAACCUCCUAUCAAAUGCCCUUAAUUCAGUGUACAUCAGCAGCCCCAAGAAUAGAAGGAACAUUAAAAGAAAACAUUCUAGGAUGGUAUAAUAGUGGAGCAUCAGCAAGGAAUUCCUGUGCAUUUGUGCUAGCCACAAUAGUGGCUAUUUAUACUGUGCCACACUUGGACCUUCUCAGCUAGAACAUUUUGAAAUUUCUCAGAUCAGGGCAAUAUAGGAAUUGGGAUUCAUGAGAAUGGCAUUUUUAAGACAAAAAAGAAUAAUUAUUUUCUUGAUGCACUUGAAUGCCCCAAGCUUUUGUUAUUUCCUCAUGCUUUCCUGUAUUUGAAUCAUGAACAGCACUCAUUUCUUUGAGCUUCAUCCAAUCUGAUCUACGGUCUGACAUGACUGCACAAUAGUAAUUGCACUUUAAGACUGCAGUUUCUUUAUUUCAUGUUAAAAACUGUUACAACUAACCAGAACAUAUUCUGCAACUUUUCUUCCAUCAGCUUUGCUGUUGCAGUCCAUUGAAUUAAAAAAAAAAUCUUCACUGAAUUUAAUUAUCAGGUAUUAUACCUUUAUCGUGCCAAUACUAGAAAACUGCAUCUUUAAGCUACAGUGUACAUAUGUAUAUACAAAAAAAUUCAAACCAUGGAUGUAUCUGAAUAUACUUUUAUAGA